CCUCCCUUGGAGCCCCGCCCUCUUCCCAUCAUGCCUUGCGUUUCCCCAAAGAUGGCGGCCUCGAUGCAGGCUUUAGCGAGGAAGCUCUCAAUGCGCGUUUAUUUGCAGGGCACCGAGUGUUUGUUGAAUCCUGCCCGCUUGACUCCAUCUUCUCUUGUGAUCCCAGUGAGAACAAAAAGACGGCAUUUUAUUCCCCCUUCGGUCAAUACAAAGUAUUCCACACCAGAAGACCAGAAGAGGCAUGCCAGGGCAGCUGGGGUGGUGGUCCCUCAUGAACCAAUGAGUCGACCUAUAAAUAUUUCCUGCACAGCUGGCAUCUUUGAGUCUUAUGUUCCUCCAGAAGGGGAUGCGCGCAUCUCGUCUUUGUCAAAAGAAGGGCUCAAGCAAAGGGCACAGCAGGUCAAGCAGACGGCAGCUUCACAGCUGGCAAUACGAAAGAUUAAAGAUUAUGAUCCUGAUUUCAGCACCAAAACUUUUGCAGAAAAGGCCCAGGAUAUAUUUAUUGAAGCUCACAAUAAUUUGACAAACUUUAACAAGGAGAAGAUGCAUGCUUUAGUGACUGAAUACUGUUUCCCGGAUAUGGUACGAGGAAAUAGAUACAAGACUAUCCGGUGGAGUUUUUUGGAGUCCCUAGAGCCUCCUCGAGUGGUUCAAGUGCGAUGCCCCACUAUGGUGAGCAAAGACAACCUGUAUGGACAAGUCACAGUUCGAAUGCACAGCCGGCAGACUCUUGCCAUCUAUGACCGGUUUGGGAGACUGAUGUAUGGUGGGGAGCAGAUACCAAAGGAUGUUUUGGAAUAUCUUGUUUUUGAGAGGCAUCUGGUCAACCCGUAUGGCCAGUGGAGGCUACAUGGAAAGAUUGUUCCAGCUUGGGCUCCUCCUAAAGAACACAUCAUCAAGACGGUUAUGAUCCCAGGACCGAAACUAGACCCAUCACAAGAAUAUGAAGAAUUCAUCAGUGCAUCAGCCCCUCAGGCAUAAUGCCCAAAAAGUGGGCCACAAGGGACAAAUCUUGAUAUUGUGACUAUGAGAGCUGCUGUUGAAUUGAAAACUGCCAGCCUAAGAAGUCCUUCUGCUUCCAUUACUUUGUUGCAGACUUUUUAAUACUCGUAUAUGGGUUUUUCCACAUUCAAGUUUGUUUAUGAGGAUUUUUUUUUAAAAAGCUCCAAACUGCCUGAACUUAUAUGGACUAUUUAACAGACUACAGACCACCAACAUGCUGUAUCUUCUAAACUUAGGAGGUUUUCCUUAUAAGCUCAGUAGCUGCUGGUUAAAAAGCUCUUAUGCAAGACUCAAAAGCAUAAUUCAAUUUUUCAAAAGAGAAGAAUAAAAGUCUUAUCCCUCAAGACUGUUUGUGAGGUACAUCUACGCAUAUAGACAAUUCUGUUCCCAUUACCAGUGAGGUUGUAGUUGCUGAUAGGGUUAAUUUAAUGGUAAUGAGAUUUCUGCACAUGUUCAGAGAUAUCAAUUCUUUUCCAUUCCAUAAGGUUGAGUCUGAUCGUGAAAAUGAAAUGUACAUACUGCAUCUCCCACAAUCUCUCACCCUAUGUUGGCUCAGACUGAUGGAAACUGUCGUUCAUAUAUAGCUGGAGGAUCAUAGUUGCCCAUGCCUUUCUAACACAUAGGCCCUUCCUGGGCAUUUGGCUUCUAGUGCAGUACAAGUGGAAUAGUUACCCAAAAUCUUGUUAUGAAAUCCUUCCAUGUAGAGAAUGUCAUAAUUUUCUGUCAGGCAAAAAAUGAUGCAUUGCCAAUGGCUGCUCAGUCCCAUCCCACGAUUGUAGCCAGAAAUUCCUUUUGGAUAGUUUCUAGAUUGGUGCUACAUGUGAGCCAAAUGUUGGAGGGAAAAAUAAACCCACAGAAAUUGUGCAAACAGCUUGCAGUGUUUUACAUUGAGUUCAUUCUCAUAUCAAUAGUCAUUGGUUGGGCAAAGGAUUAUGCACCAUGUUUCAGGUGCUGCCCCUAAUAAUCUGGUUUGCUAAUCUCUCUAAGUCAUUAAUUAUAUGAGGGAAGGGGAAUGUGUAUUCCUUUAUAUGUUGUUGGGCUGCGGCUUCCCUCAAUACUAAACUGCAGUAAGGAAUUACUAUAGCUUCAAUCCAAUAUCAGAGGGGGGAGGUUGUUGCCUACUUACUUAAGGCCUCUAUAUUUGGAAGAAUAUUCUUGCAGCCAUCAGACUAACCAGAUGAGAUUCCUGUGGAAUCUCUUGUGGGCAAAAGGUGACUGUCUUUACUUUGAAAUGUGUCUGUGCUACAUACUCACUGUGUCUUUGCUCUUUGCUUUACUGUGCCUUAGUUCUUCGCUGUGCCUUAGCUCUUUGCGUCACUGGUCCUUCAUUGGGUAAAAAUGUUAAAAACCAUACAGGAGAAGAAAAGUGAUGAUGUUGUUGGUAUUGUCUAAAAGCCAAAUUGAUACCAUCAAGCUGUAAACUCACCACACUUCCUAUUGGACAGUCCAAACAGGAUUCAAAUACCAUACUGUGCUUUGCACUGGUCAUUGUCAUAAUACCUUUGGAGGAUCAUACCACAUCAAUCAUAAAGUAACCAAAUGAGUCUUUUCUGUGAUGUCCAGUGUCUGGUGGAUCCCAUGAAAUAAUAUAAUUGUCAAAAGAGGAGUCUCACUAAGGAUACUGCUGAAUUCUUCCAUAAAGAGUGAGUGAGUUUGUAAGGUAGAUUGAAUUAAUUGAAUGGAAUUAAUGGCAUAGUCCAGUUUAGAUGUACAACUACUUGAAAUGUAAAAUAUGAAUAUAACAAGAAUAUUUGCCACCAUAAACAGGUUUGAACAUCGAUAGCAGUUGAGAAUUUUGAAUAUUGAAUAUAUCAUGAUGCCAGGAACCACUUUUUAAGUUGCAUUUGUCCCAUAAAGUUUGUGAAACAGGCCUGUACCGAAACACAUAGCAAUUAUAGCCAGUGCAUCAUUGGAAAAAGGCAGGAUUAGAAAGGACAUUGGCAAUAAUCUAGGCCAGAACUUUCCAAACGUUUCAUAUUGGUGACACACUUUUUAAACAUAUCAAUUCACAACAUAGUAAUUCAGUUUUACAAGCAAACUGCCGGUUAAACCAACCCUAUAUACAUAAGUUGUCAUAAUGAAUUGUAUGGGGGGCACAACAUAUCUCAUGGAAACCCUUUAUUUAUACUUUAUGAUUUAUUGCUUAUUUCACAUAGAUUCAGAGGUUUCCCAUAGGUUGUGUGAUACACUUACAUACUGCAACUGACACUAACGUAUCAUGACACAUAGUUUGAAAAGCUCUGGUCUAGACUGUUUCUAUUUUGACUUACUUUGAAAACCUCUGGUGUGAAAUUGAAUAAUGUGCAAACAACGUCUUAAGUAUAUUUACAUGGUAAUAUCAAUUUGUCUUAGACAUCCAAGUAAAUAUAUUUAGAAUUGGGCUAAGUGCAUUGAUUUAGUUUGAAGGUUGUGUUAAGUGAAUGUAAAGUGGUAUCAGAUCAUUCAUUGCAAAACAAAACCGUAUCCCUGCUAUACAACCAAAGAAUCUGUUGCACUCGUCCUGUCAAUAUAUAGAUAAGUCUUUUAUUUAUGUAUUUACAUUUAUUACUGAAUAAACUGACCUUGUUUUAUAUUCA